ACCGCGCAGUCCCGUCCCAAGACGUCGCAGGCGCACCACGCUAUCUGCUAUAGCUGCUGUGCGAAGAUUCGAGUAGAGCUGCGCAAGAAUACAUUAACACGCGCGGGAAAUAUUGCCAAUCGCUUUCGUAGUGCGAAUGUUGAUUUUAUACGAACUUUUUAUUAAUGUGCCAGUGUGAAAUACAAGAAUAUAAGUGAUUAGUUAUAUUUAAUAGACUUUAGUAUACAUAAGAACAGAAUUAUAGUUAAAGUUUUUGUAGUAGCGUCGGUAAGCUAAUCGGGGCAGAUAGUAUUAACGGUUGGCUCCGCGCUCGAGUGUGGCAGACUACAAGCAUGACGAGUGCCACCGUCUGCGCUUGCGCUCUCGUGCUUUUCUUACUAGUUCAAACUACAUUCGGACAAGAUUACGACGUUACGGACAUCCAAUGCACAUUCUCAAGCACAGGAUCUGGUCUCCGCGACUCAGUGUCAGCUUUGCUCCGCAAACCAGAGGGGUUCCGAGGAGCGCCAUUAUUCGCCGAUGAUCGCGCCACCGACCCGGUAGUUGACCCUGUCUGCCAGAUUAGACCUGAGUCGGAAGAUCCCACGGGAUUAUUGUAUAGACUAAAGAUCACAGACUUCACGAGAUGUGGGGUGCUAAAACGAAAUGGAUUCGUGCACGUUCGGGUAUGGUUCCCGCAGUUUCCGGGAGUGGUGAUGCAGUCUGACCAAGAGCUGAUCAUCAUGUGCAAGCCCCCUGAGCCUACCAUUAUAGAAAAUAAAGCUGCAGGCUUCGCGGGCAGUUUUCCGCACGGUGCGCGUGUAUCUGGGGUAGUAGAGGAGACUCCUGGACGGUUGGAGUACGAGGUGGCUCUGUACAAGGAAGCGCCGCCAGUGUCGCGCCACACGAACCACUCCGUCGACUUGCCUGUCGAUCAGGUAACUGCUGCGGUCCCGAUCGGUACGAAGUUGCAGCUGCGCGCGCGCAUCAGCGCAGACUCUGCGUGGCGUCAUUUAAAGCUGCUGGAGGUGGCUGUCUCUCCUGAUCCGGACCGACCACACGCGCCUGGUGCCGUGCUACUCGUCAAAGACGGGUGUCGUAACCGUGACUUCGCGUCAAUCAUCCCACACCAGCCGGCGAGGUACAGAGAACGGCAUAACGAAGUCUUUUUGGACUUUGAAGCAUUCCUACUGGCUUCCAUGAAGGAACGCUCCACACUUUGGAUACACUCACAAAUUAAGGCGUGCAUGGACGCAGCUGACUGCCAGCCCGAUUACUGUCUUGACUUAUUUGAACCUUCAGGUCAUGGCCGGCGACGAAGAUCUUUGCCCGAAGUGGUUGAAAAUAACAACGCUACCAACUCGGCUCUGAGCACCCACAAUAGUACAACGCCGUAUACAAGAUUCAAGGAGAAUCUAGAAUACACAGUUGUCAUGCCGGGAGAGUUGUUCCAUAGGACGCCAUUAGAGGCGACAUGCGCUACUUCCAUGAUGGUUGCAGUGGUUCUAGGAGCGCUGCUCUUUAUGUCUGCUUUAUUGAUGUGCUACCUAGCGACGAAGCUGAACUCAACAAUGUUGAAAAACAACAACAUCCAGACACCAACUGGGAAAGGGUUUGAACAAAUUCUGCGCGAGCUGGCGCACCACUCACUGCCCGACACGGGCUACGCCGGGCGACCCACCGUACAGUGACCGCCAUCUGUACUUACGAGUAUAAGUGACUUUGUUUUGUAAAUAACAUACUAUGAACCUAAUAGGUUCCUCACAUAAUAUCACUAGAUAUACAAACAUGAACUGAGCAAUUAUCUGGUGCACAAAAUAAUAACAAAAGACUAUAAAUUUAAUUAGCAUUAAAAAUAUCUGGGACCAUUCAGAAGUCAUAAAGUCUAAAGAAACGAACGAAACUCUAAUCACUAUUAGAAACAAACUAAAUAAGCGACAAGUGUUUAGGCUGUGUCAGUACAACGAAAUGAGAUGUCACGUUACGUGAAUAAGCGCGUGAUAUUAUUGUAAAAGUAGCUGUUCGCCGCGGUUUUACCCAACUGCAUCAAUAUAACAAGUAUUCUAUGUGCUAAGUUAGGAUAUAACCUAUCUACCUGUGUACCAAAUUUCAUUCAAAUCCGAUCAGCCAUUUGAGCGUAAUUGAAUAACAAACAUCCAAACAUGUUUACAAAUUUUCACAUUUAUAUUUGUAGAUAGGAUAUUGAAAUUGCGACAAAACGUAGAAAUGAAAGAUCAGUAGUUUGAUGAAUAUGACCGUUUCUAUAAUCAUGUAGUACUAAUAUCUUAACAUAUAAUUUUGAAAGAAUUAUUUUGUACUCUCAGACGUAACUACCUAUUCAAAUUUGUAUAAAGAUAUCGAACAUUACUUCCGCUUAUAGUCUCUGGUACUAAAUCCUUCAAAUAGAUCAUAGUAAUAUAGUUUAUUUGCAUAGAUAUCUAGACGUAACAGUGAACACGUCCCUAUAAUAUUUUGAUGAUUUACAAGCCAAGUUUAAACAUCUAAUUCUCUUUGACUUAUUUACUUUGAUUUAUUUACUUUAAUUAAUUCUAUUAUGAUACACAAGAGGAGAAUAAAAUUUACAAUUAAAAUUAAAUUAAAAAAAAAUUAUUGGUUCCUUGCCUUCGAAUGUGUCAAGUAUCUGAAAUGUGUUCAAUUAGAAUUAUUUUUCAACAUUACAUGAAGCUGAGGAAAAACUAUUAGUAAUUUAUAUGCACGUCUAAAUUAGUUCGUCUCAUUAAUACAUGUAUGUAUACAUUUACGUUAUACAACUUUAGACCUUAGUUACAUAUCUUAUUGGUUAUGAAUAGUUUAAUUUAUAAUAUUUAUAUGUAGUUUUAAUUAAUUUAUUAACUAAUUUAUACUUAAAAAUAAUUGAACUUAUGACUGAAAAAUCCCAAGUCGCUUUUCAUGCAUGUAUGACUAAAACUUUUUCAGUCAUGACCAUCAAACAUUUUAAUUAGCCAUCGACCUUUUGAAAUUAGUAGUACUUAAUUAGGUAAUAAGUACAAUUAUAGUAAGUUAGGAAAGUUGUUAACUAUACGAUUGUAUCUAUUCUUGAUACUACUUCAGAAUAUUUAAAAUGACCAGUUAAAUUUACAAUAUCUUAUAUAUUUAUUAAUAUGUUAGUCGUACCUAAUUGUAAUUUUAAGGACGAAACAGGUUAGCUAUUUAUUUUAUAAGGACAAUCUAUGGAAGAGUACAAGUGGUUUUUUAAUAAUAAAAUACUUAAUACUUACAAUAAAUAAAUGCAAUGAGCCGCCUUAAAGAACAGUGCUUAUUGUUUAGGGUUAAUAAAUAGCUAGCAAACUGUUAUACUUCGAUUAAAUUUAUCGCUUUACGCUUAGACAAGACAUAUAGCUUUUAUUAAGUACGUAGGUGCCGGGACUAGAUGGGAAUAUAAUUAAAAAAAAAAAUGUUUAAGUCUGCAUGGACAGGCUAAUAAAUGCCAGUUUGUAUACUCAUCCUUCUGAGAAAAAAAACUACUUUAUUUUUAAAUAUGCUAAAAAUAAUUCACUUAGUUAAUACCUAAUAUAUAUAAGAAUGAAAUAAAACAUACUUUUUAAAUAAUUAUAUAA